UGCAUGGCCAUUCCUCUUUCCCAGAUUGUGUUCAUUGAAGAACAGGCAGCUGGAAUUGGGAAAAGUGCCAAAAUAGUGGUUCAUCUUCACCCUGCUCCACCCAACAAAGAACCUGGUCCUUUCCAGAGUAGUAAGAACUCCUACAUCAAACUCUCCUUCAAGGAACAUGGCCAGAUUGAGUUUUAUAGGCGUUUGUCUGAGGAAAUGACACAGAGAAGAUGGGAGAAUAUGCCAGUUUCCCAAGCUUUACCGACAAAUAGAGGACCCCAGCCAGGAAGAAUAAGGGCUGUGGGAAUUGUAGGCAUUGAAAGGAAGUUGGAAGAAAAAAGGAAAGAAACUGACAAAAACAUUUCUGAGGCCUUUGAAGACCUCAGCAAGCUAAUGGUCAAGGCUAAGGAAAUGGUGGAGUUAUCAAAAUCAAUUGCUAAUAAGAUUAAAGACAAGCAAGGUGACAUCACAGAAGAUGAGACCAUCAGGUUUAAAUCCUAUUUGCUGAGCAUGGGAAUAGCUAACCCAGUUACCAGGGAGACCUGUGGCUCGGGCACACAGUACCACAUGCAGCUGGCCAAACAGCUGGCUGGGAUACUGCAGGCACCGCUGGAGGAACGAGGGGGAAUAAUGUCACUUACGGAGGUAUACUGUUUAGUAAACCGAGCUCGAGGAAUGGAGUUGCUCUCACCAGAAGAUCUAGUGAAUGCAUGCAAGAUGCUGGAAGCACUACAGUUACCUCUCAGGCUUCGAGUUUUUGACAGUGGCGUCAUGGUAAUUGAGCUUCAGUCCCACAAGGAAGAGGAAAUGGUGGCCUCAGCCUUGGAGACCGUUUCAGAAAAGGGAUCCCUGACAUCAGAAGAGUUUGCUAAGCUGGUGGGAAUGUCUGUCCUCCUGGCUAAGGAAAGGUUGCUUCUGGCAGAGAAGAUGGGCCAUCUUUGCCGAGAUGAUUCAGUGGAAGGCUUGCGGUUUUACCCAAAUUUAUUUAUGACACAGAGCUAA